AUGUCUGAAGCACAAAGCAGGCCUGCGCGAGGCCGGACCACGGCUCGCGGCGGCGGCAGAGGAGGAGGCUAUGGCUCGCGAGGGCCGCGCAACACCAACGGCGACAGCGCGUCGCCCACCGUCGACACAUCCGCAGAGCAGGGCGAGCUGGCCGAGCUGAAGAAGCGCUACCAGCCGCAAUUGACCACACUGAAGGAGCUGUUCCCCGACUGGUCCGACGCCGAUCUCGUGCUCGCCAUCGACGACGCCGACGCCGACCUGGAGCGGACCAUCGAGCGCAUCAGCGAAGGCACCGUCUCGCAGUUCAGCGAAGUCCCCAAGAAGGCCAAGGACCGGUCGCGCUCCAAAGCAGCAAAGGAGAGCUUUGCCCCUACAGACUCGUCCACCACCCGUGGUCCACGCGGCGAGGGCCCCCGACGCGGUCUUGACAGCGCCCGCGGCGGUCGUGGUCGCGGCACGGAGCGAGGCCGUGGUGGCUUCCGCGGCGGACGUGGAGGUGCUGCAACCGGACCCCGCACUGCGUCGACCUCAGUGCCCACGACCGAGUCUGCUGCAUGGGACACGCCCGCUGCCGAGCCUGGAGCUUGGGACACGAAGCCAGCGACUGCAGCCACGACCGAGACCGAAGCCAGCGCCGGCGCGUGGGGCGCGAAGCCAGACACCUCUUCUACCACCACCAACACCACCACCAACACUACCACCAACACCACCAACACCACCAACACUAACACCAACACCAACACCAACACCACCGAGCAGGCCAAGAAAAAGGACGCAGUACCCGGCACUGCAUCAGAGGUGCUGCACAACCCAGUCGAGGCCGCAAAGCACCCCAUAACCGCCGCCAAGAAGACGUGGGCCAGCAUGUUCGCAAAGCCCGCAGAGCCUACCCCUCCCAAGCCUGCCGCGAAGCCCGCCGACGCUCCCAAGGAGUCAGCCCCUGCACCAGUCGAGACACCUGCUGCCCCGGUCGCACAGGAGUCAGCUGUCCAGGCUGAGGAGCUGCCCAUCCCCCCCGUCGCAGACGAGGUCGACGAGCCCACAAUCAUCGCCGACGAGGCAACCAAGACGCCCGACAAGGCUGAAGAGCCAGUAGCUGAGCUCAACCUCACGCCCUCCAAAGACGAGCUCACAAAGGAGAAUGUGGAGCACCUGCCCGACGAGUCGCACCCGCCGCCCACCGAGACCGCGUUCAGCACCGUCGCUAGCUCCAAGGAUAUUGGAAGCGUUGGCGUAGCCACCCCGCUGAGCACAUCAGGCCAGGCUCCUAUCGGCCGCCCUGCUGUGGGAGGAUAUGCAACCACCGCACUCAAGGCAACUUCCGGAACACCACACCGCAGCGCUAGCUUCCAGAGGAAGCUCGUCGAGCAGCAGGAGGCAGUCGUCAUGCCAGGAAACCACGCCGUAGACAGGGCAGCAGUCCAGUUCGGCAGCUUGGGCCUGGGCGGCGAGGAAGAUGUCGAUGAAGACAGGGAGGAGGCCGAGACCAGGACUCAACCCCCUCAGCACUCGCCUGUCACCCAACCUAGGGCUUCAUUGCCGCCUGCGCCUCGCCAGGCCCCUCACGUCGAAGAGUCGGAGCCCGAGCAGUCUGUCCCUACACCCAAGCAGGCGCCUGGCUUGCCCCCAGCACCCCAGCAGCAGCAGCCCCUGUCGCAGCAGUCCCCUUCGAACCCGCUCGCAUCGCAGGCGAUGCAGAACCAGGGCUCGCAGUCCAGCCAGCCCUACAACCAGUUCGGACGCUACGGCCAGCAGGCCGACACCGCUGCUGCACCUUCUCAGAAGCCAUACGAUCCAUUCGGUCAGCAGAUUCCGUCGUCUUCGAAUCAGUACGACUACCCUGGCCAACAGAGCCAGGCCCAGUCACAGCCUGGCGCAUUCUCCUCGGCACCUGACAACUACUCUUCCCAGUACCUCACGUCCGAGCAGCAGCGCAACGCGUACCAGCAAUACUACCAGAACUACGGUCAACAGACACCUAGUCAGCAGGAGGCCGGCUCUGCUCAGCAGCGCACCGGCAGUGGAUUUGGCUCUGGACCCCAGGACUCUUUCUCCCAGGGUCAGCAGAGUCGAUACAACGAAGCAUCGAACAGCGGACACAACACGCCCAACCCUACUCUGGGAAGCCAGCUUCCUUCUGGACCUGCUUCGCAAAGCCAGCAACAUCACCACCAGGGACACAGCCAGCAAUCCCAGCAGGGCCAGCACGGUGGUUACCCAUACAACCACCCAUACUACGGCAGCCCGUACUAUGCCAACUACAUGAACCAAUUCGGAGGCUACGGUCAGCAGCAAGGCUACGGCAGCUUCGGAAAGGGCAUGUAUGGUCAGCCCCACCACUACGGAAUGUCCCCUCAGGCAUCGUACGACCAGCACUCGUCCUCUCCGGCUAAUGUAGGGGGCUUCGGAGCGUCCUCCAACGACCGUGGCAGUGGCUUUGGUGGUCUUGGUGAAUACGGUCGCUCAGCUUCCGGCAUGGGCCAGAACCACAGCGCCACAGCCGGUUCUGGCGGAUUCGGCGGUCUUCCUGAUACGUUCAGCCGACCUGGAUACACGGGUCAGAGCUCAUAUGGCCAGCAGCAAAGCGGCCAACAGGGUGGCGACGACUCCCUGAAGGGUUUCGGUGACUCCAAGAGCGCUGUGCCUAGCCAGUCGGCUCUGGGAGCCCAGCAAGGUCGUCCUGGAUCAGCCACUCAGAGCACCCCUAGCCAAAGCGCUCAGGGUCUGCACCAGCAGCAAUCUCACCAGCAGGGCUUCGGCGGUUACCCCAGCCACCUCGGCGGAAACAGCCAGUACGGUGGGCUCGGUGGCCUGGGCCACCAGCAGGGCGGCGGUAACCAACAGCACCAGCAGAGCGGCUACGGCAACUAUGGUGGAUUCGGCGGUGGUUACGGCGGUGGGAGCUACAACAGCCGUGCAGGCUGGGGUACCAACUAUGGGCAGCACUAG